GCCGUACUCGGCGCUGCUCACGGCGGCGUCACUGAUACCAAUUCCUCACUAUUUAUUGGGGAUUUCGUUGAUCGGAGCUGUAAUUCUGUACAAUUUCCUCGAGAUUCAUUUCUUUCAGGACUUAUUCAGCGGAUUCAGGGGACAACCGGUGGUUCUGACCUUCGAUCCUCACUCUCAACUCUACCGCGACGUCGUUUCCAAGUGUAGAACACUCCACGGCAGGUACUUGUCGACUCCAUGGUUACCGAGUCCGCAUCUCCAGACUCUAUUUCUGCAUUUUUUCGGAAAUUCGCCAGUUGUCAAUUAUAGAAGGUGAGAUUUUGGUCAAGAUAAAAUUUUGAUUGGGUGCAUUUGAGUAUCUGGAAUUGUUGAUAUAUUGCAAUCUACUGAUUUGAUGCACUGGUUCAGACAGAUUUUUAUGACCUCUGAUGGUGGAACCUUAGCUUUAGAUUGGGUCGAGAAUGCCAAAGUUAAGAAACAAGCCUUUCAGACGAAUGAUGCACUACAACGAGAUGACAAGAAUCCCAUCAUAAUCAUCAUUCCUGGCUUAACAAGUGAAUCUAAUACUCCUUAUGUCAAACAUCUGGCUUUUAACAUGGCUAAUCGUGGCUGGAAUGUCGUUGUGAGCAAUCACAGAGGACUUGGAGGUGUAUCAAUUACGUCUGAUUGCUUCUAUAAUGGUGGAUGGACGGAGGAUGUAAGAAAAGUGAUUGACCAUCUUCACUGCCAAUUUCCACAAGCUCCUCUACUUGCUGUUGGCACUAGCAUCGGUGCUAAUAUUCUGGUUAAAUAUCUUGCCGAGGAUGGAAUAAAUACUCCUAUAACUGGAGCUGCAGCAAUCUGUUCUCCUUGGGACCUUUUGAUUUGCGACAGAUUUAUGAACCGUAGACUUGUACAGAAAUUUUACAACAAAGCUAUAGCCAUCGGCUUGAAGGACUACGCUCAUUUGCACGAGGCUGUCCUCUCUCGUCUUACAAAUUGGGAAGGCGUUAAAAAGUCGGUUUCAGUUCGGGAUUUUGACGAUUCUGCAACUCGUGUUGUUGGUAAUUACGAGACUGUGGACACAUAUUAUAAGUGCAGUAGCAGUUCUAAUUCCGUGAAAGGUGUAACGGUACCCCUUCUUUGCAUUAGUGCGUUAGAUGAUCCGUUAUGUACAAGUGAAGCAAUUCCAUGGGAUGAGUGCAGGUUAAAUACAAAUGUUGUCUUGGCUACUACAGAACACGGAGGGCACUUACCUUUCUUCGAAGGGUUAACUGCAAAAAGUGUCUGGUGGGUGAGGGCAGUUGGUGAAUUCUUUGAUGCUCUGCAAUCCAGCUCCCUGAGUCACCGGGAAAAUGAGGUGUCAGUUUCGUCAGUCAAUGCUCUCGACACAUCCAUUGACCACGCCCCGUACGUGCAUGUCUUGCAAAACGGUAUGAUCUCAGCAGUAGGUGAAGAAGUAGCAGAAAUAGGAAUACUAAACAAAGAGAAUGUGGAUCAAGACAAGAAAGAAGAAGACACAAUCAAUGCUGAACAAGAAAAAGUAAGCACGGAAAUCGACCUCAUUCAGCCACAAAAAAUCGUCGACAUAAUCGCCCCUGUGAAGAAACGCCUGAAUCAGCUUUCGCGUCAGAAUCGGAAAUCUAUGUGGCUGCUUGCCUAUGUGGCGAUUGUUACCACUUGGCCAGUUGUGGGUCCGGCUCUAUCGUUUUUCUUGAGGAGAAGGUUUCGGAAUCUUUUCUCUCCAGCUUCGGUUAAAAGGUAGGAUCGGACUUGAUUCACUGUAGCUUGUGUUUGUUGUGGGAAAUUUGGCAGGUGAAAUUAGCUGUUAUUAAGGCGAAAUUUAUGUUUGUUACUGGAAGAAAUAAAAAGAAUAAAAGGGGGUAAAACUUCAAGAAAAGAUUGUCUCGGGUAUAAAAUAAAAUUCAUACUGGCUUCAAAAGGGUCGUCUCUUUUGUAUGUUGACUCAACAGUUGACCCAGAACUGAUUCGAAUUUCGGAAUUUGAUUCGAAAAAAGCAGUAACGUUUCUUUGUAUUUUGAUUUAAAGGCAAAAGUGUAGCAAUUAAUAUAUGCAGCUAGCUGCACACCAUAAAACAUCA